GAGGCACAACGCGAGGAUUAACGAGGGGACGUGGUAACAGAGGGAUGUCACACACUCAGGGAAGAGGGUAUAACGUGGGUUCGUAUCCAAACCAGCCUGGCCAAGGAGGACGCUCAACAUAUAACGAAUCGCUGAGCAAUUUCGCAUACAAUUCAAGUAAUGUUGGUCCAGACUAUGGCUUAAACUAUCCACAAAGCUAUGAGACUGAACACAUCCACCAUGGUGGUAGUUCCUCUUAUCAUAGAGGUGGUGGACAGGCAUAUUCUGCUCAACCACACCCCAGUGGUCAAGUCUACCCCAUGGCAAAUACCAACAGGGCACCGAAAACCUUGGACACUCGUAAAGAACACCUUAAGUCCGAAAUCACAGCCAAUUUAGCGGCCGCCCUUGGCGAUUUGACAAAACUAGUUCACGACGAGGAAGAUGCCUCAGUUGCUCUCCACGUUUCAAACGCUUUGACAGAAUCGUUACUAAAGUAUAGAAUGAGUGGAUUACAAUGAAUUGUCCAUCAUAUGACUUCUACAGGAAUCCAUUUCGAAACCAAAGCUCAGACAUAUCCCUUGUGUCCCAGCUAUGAGUCCAGGUGUGAGACAAAUGUACUUGCUAUAGUCAAACUUUGAAAAGUCGCCAAAUGAAUACUCAGCCUAUCGCAGGCUGGAAAGAAUUCCAAUGGUAUUAAACAGGGGCGUAGGAAUGUGUACAGGAUUGGGGACGGGCAACGUUGACUCAGCAAAAAUUUUUGAAAUUUGAUUGCUUUAGAUCCCCGGAAAUGCCCAUUUCUUUUUGGUUUAAUUUAUACUUCUUCAAAACAGCACAAGUCAAAAACGAAUAAGUAUAAUUGUUAACCCUUCACUUUCGAGUGAAGUGCGCCAAUAUUUGCUGCCCAUAUGUAUAAGUUGCGAGUCAACUGAUCCGACAAAAUUGGAUAAUCCUUUACCUACCAAAACAACUGUGAAUGUAGAAAAAUUUUAAACGUGGAUAUUGAUACAAUCAUGCCGUGAUUCAUGCACAUAUAUAUGCAUGUCACGGUUCUGGCAUAACACUCACCCCGGAAGUUACAUGUAUACUAUUGGAAAUAACCACAUGAUAUACGACAGUCCACAGGAUAUGAACGGAAAAGCCUUUAGGCUUUAAAGGACGUGGAAAUGGUGAUACGUCUAUAUAUGGACAUGCCACGCUAUUUAUUCGCCAUUUUCACGUCCUCUUUGACGUUCACGUCCUCAUCAGCUCCUGCUAAAUCUGCCUAUUGCUGAAGAGUGGCGAGUUUGUUACGAUCAAAUGCCGUUUUGUUUUUAUACACACGUCGGUAUGGCUUACAAUAUAUUAUUUGUUUGGCACUGUUUAUACAUUGUGAUUAUUUGUGCUAGCGGAAAAACAACAGCACAGAUUGAAAUCAAACGAGAAAGAUAUGAUAAAUUUAUUCCUCAAAACUUACAUUUGGAACGUCAGAAAUCUAAGCAAAAAGCGGAAAAUAUGUGUAAGAGUUUCAAAGCUGAAUGUGAAAAUGAUGAAUGUAAAUAUUGCCAGUGUAUUGAAGAGGAUAGCAACACAUUUCUGCUGUUAACUCCUACCACAGGCAAUUGUACUAAAGACCAAGAUAUCAUACGUGAUUCAGGUGAUGAUGUAAUGACUAAUGUUUAUCUGUUAGUAUUGCUAUUUUGAGUUAAAUAUUGAGGUAUUGAAGAGUUUUAGAUUGGCGUUUACAGCUAGGGCAACCCGCUGUUCCACUUUUGGGGUUAUGUGGUCAUGUUAUUUACUAAUUUCAAUACCUCAAA